GCUUUUGUUUUCCUAUAAGUACGCCCGACCCACCGACGGAAGCCGAAGUAUCUCUGAAAUCUUCGAUAAAUUCAGGCGUUUCUGUCUCUUUCCAUGGCUGCGACGCGAGGCUUUCUCUUUGGGCUCAUAAUUUUCUUGGGAAUUCUCUCUGUUUCAACCACAGCAAGACCUUCCAAGGCUCUAUACAUCUCCUCUUACACUUUCUCCUUCAAUCCCCAGAACCCUAACCUUAACUCCGCUGGAUUCGUUACCGUUUUCACCGAAGUUCGCCAAUUUAACGAUGUUAGAAAGAGGCCCUUAGUCUUUCCCGAUCGUCCGAUUUUCUCCACAGUCGAUGUUGAACCCCAAGUUCAUGGGCCACAGCGCCCCGUUGUACCCUUGGGUUACGAUUUCUCUUCUCUGCGCGAACGCACUAAGGAUAUUUUGAGCGUUGUUCUCGCUUUGCUUUUUGGUGUUGGGUGUGGUGCUCUUACUGCUCUUACGAUGUACUUGGUGUGGACCCUCUUUUCCAGCCGUAAUUCCUUUGAUGAAUUGAAUGAUGCUGAUGAGGAUGAUCUUAGCCCAAAGAAGAUGGGAUACGAGAAGAUUCCAGCUAAGGAAGCAGCGUGAGGUUUUAUUUUAUUGUUAUUACUAUUAAUAUGUGUAUUGGAUUUUCAAUUUAUAAUCUCAACUUGUUAUUGAACAUGUUGUGCUUUGUGGAUUGUAUGUUAUCAACCUUCUAAUGUCUAUUAUCAACUAUUGCUUUCUUGUUUUGGUAUA